AGGUUAGAAGUGGACAGGGGAUGAGGGGGUUCAUAUUCGGCCGGUGGAUCGACUCUCAAACAACCAGAUGUCCGCACAAGAAACAAUAGUAAAGGCAGGUGGGAGCAAAGGUGGCCCUGAAAAUGCUUGGCACACCUUUCUUACAUGUCCGGGAAGUGUAGAGCGCUGGAACGAGCUAGGCUUCUUAGCUGAAAUAUAGAACCAGUGAUGCACAUGACAAAAAGCUUUGUGGAAUUCUUUCUGGGAAGAGUUGCUAAUCUUACGGAGAAUAAACUGAAAAUAUUCGGAAUGAACCUUUGGAGUAUAUGGCAGAGAAGAAAUAACUUAUUGUGGGAGGGAGUCUAUGAGACUCCGAAACAAGUGAUAACUAUAGGGGCCGAACUGUUGCAUGCUUGGGAGAGAGCCCGCUUUUUGCAUAGUCCAGGGCAGACUAGGAGUAAUAGUUGUACAAGAUGGCAAGCUCCACCUCAUAACCAUGCUAAAUGCAACAUAGAUGCAGCUCUAUUUGAGGAAGGUAAAAGGGCAGGUUAUGAUGCAUGUGUCUGAGAUCAUAGGGGUUGUUUUUGCAUGGCACGAACGGGGUGGAUUAAAGCAUCUUUAAGCCUAACGGAGGCAUAUGCAUGGGGUAUGAGGGAGACAUUAUUGCAUUGGAUGGAGAAUGAAAGAUUUGAACAUGUUAUAUUUAAAUCGGAUUGCAAGCAACUUGUGGAAGACAUUCUAGCUGCACGGGGUUUUAAGUCGGAGUAUGGCGCACUAGUAGCGGAUUGCAGGUCACUUUGAGUUCCAACAACAGUUCUAAUGUUGUUUUUACUAAGCGUCAAGCGAAUAGUAGUGCCCACGCCUUAGCAAAGGCAUGUAUUAGUUAUGCUUCUUGGAAUGAUUUUUCAUAUAUUCCUUUUUGUAUUCUCGAG